CGGUGUCGCGACUGGCUAUUUGCGAGUCCCCGCCUCCUGGCAGGUUGGUGAUUGGUCGCGCCGCACCAUCUGCUUCGAGAUACUGGCCACGGAUGCUCAAUCUCUUCGCCAGAUCAAUUGCCAUCCGUGCACGACCGAGUGUGAUUCGACGUACAGUCAUGCCUGGAUCAGUGAACGAAAAGCUUACGGAGAGUCAGACCCGCGCAAUGUGGCGCGCAGCUGAUUGUGUUUGCUUCGACGUCGAUUCCACCGUGUGCAUGGAUGAGGCAAUUGAUGAACUGGCCAAGUUUGCAGGAAGAGACAAAGAAGUCGCCGAGCUCACCAAUAGAGCUAUGAAAGGUGGCAUGACCUUCAGGGAAGCCCUGGAACGGCGGCUAGACCUCAUGAAACCAACUGCUCGUAUGUUGCAAGACUACAUCGAACAGAACCCACCCAGGCUAUCAGAUGGCAUUGAGGAACUUGUUGCACAGCUGCAAUCAAGGGGUGUAGCUGUCUACCUCGUAUCUGGAGGCUUCCGCUCCAUCAUAGAGGGUGUUGCGGAUGAGCUCGGCAUUCCACGAAAGAACAUCUUUGCCAAUCAGUUGAAGUUCUACUUCAACGGAGACUAUGCCGGAUUUGAUGAGAAACAGCCAACGUCACACCAGGACGGCAAAGCCAGGGUCGUGUCUUAUCUCAGGCAGAAGUACGGCUUCCAGCGCAUAGUUAUGGUCGGCGACGGAGCAACAGAUUUAGCAGCAUGCCCUCCCGCUAAUGCCUUUGUCGGCUACGGGGGCAACGAAGUCCGCGACAAGGUCAAGAAAGGAGCAUCGUGGUUUGUGUACAGCUUCCACGAACUAGUGCAGGAGCUGAAUAGGAACUGACACGAAGGGAAAUGUUAAUUUGAGCAUAUUUAUUUUUCUGUACAGUUUUAAAUGCUUAUAGGAGUUGCAUUACUUAAGAGUAGAGCCUGAAGUUUUAGGGUUUUACCCGAUUCUUCCCCGAAUUGAAGGUUGCCUCUUUAGGGUGAAACCCGAUUUUUACUCGGCAAAUUGCCCUCACUGGGAUGUCUGUAGGAAUGCAUUAAUUUACUUGUUUGGCAGAAAAAUUCAGUUACAUCACCAUUUGUACCAAACCACUACAGUUAGUUGAGUAACUGAGCCCGAUUUCACCCCGAAUUUAGCAUACUGGAAGUUUUUUCACCCGAAUUCGCAUGAAUUUAGUGCACAUGUUUAUUUACCCGAUUUUUACCCCCCAAAUUUAGAGAAAAAUAUUUCCCGAAAACUUCAGGCUCUAGUUAAGAGUUGUCACUUUUAACUGUGUAAUUCAGCCUGCAGCACUAUCCUCACUGAAAGUGGGGCUGCACAAUCCUUAAAAAACAAGAGCAAAGAUCUGUUCUCACGUUGUUGAUAGCUAUGUUCUGACGACGAUUAGAACGACCCUUUCGUAGCACAUUUCACUGCCUGCAGAAUAUAGUGCAUAAGUGAAGUUGUUUUUUUAAAUAUUUUUUAUGGAUCUCCCUGUUGUAUAUAUGAAUUAAUGUGUCAACAUAAACUAACAAUAAAAAUGCAAGUCUCCUUUCGUCA